AUGAAAUUGAAACUGUACCUUAUUUUUUUAUCUCCCCUGCUAUUGAAGGCAAUAAACUUUUUAUGCAACCCUUCUCAAUGUCCUCCUUCAAAAGUGAUUUUUACAUAGAGAGGAGAUGGGAUUUGUGACCCAGACUGUAUGCAUCCAUACUGCAGCUUUGAUUCAUCCUCUGCAGAGCACCAAAAAUGAGACCCUGCACAAUCCGAUUGUUAUGAAACAUGCAUUACCCAUUACGGGUGUCCAUCUUCUAGUCUUGGCAAUGGAAUUUGUGACCCCAACUGUAACUUUUUGGAGUGUGGCUACGACGCAGGCGACUGUGGUUAUUGUGCUCCUUCAUGUAAUAGUUAAUUUAGGCUUUCAAAAAGAUCUAGGAACCGAUUGUACUCAGGCUUGUAAUGUGAAAGACUGUUAUAAUGAUUAUGGAGCCUGCUCUGACUGUGCGCCAGGGUGUUUAAGUUCUAUGCUUGGGGAUACAGUUUGUGAUCCAGCUUGCAAUGCAACAUCUUGUAAUUUUGAUUUUGGGGAUUGCAAAAGCAGCACAUGGUGUGCUCCCAUGUGUGAAUUAUGAAUGAUAGGAGAUGGGAAUUGUCAAGAGCAGUGCAACAACGGGUGGGGCGUGAUUCCAACCACCAUUGGCAGAAGUUCGAAUCCAUGGCCUCGAACAUCCAACCAUCAGGGAUAGAAGAAGUACUGCUAAAAAAAUAAAUUUUUUCUAUCCAAAUUUAACAUAAAAAUAUCAGAAAAUUUUACAUGCACUUUUUUUGGAUAGAUUGGCAACAAAAAAAAGUGAUUUUCCAAUUUUUUAUUUUUUUGUACACGGUUUUUACAACCAAUCAGAGCUUUAUGAGGAGUCUUUUCUAACCAAAUGGUGACUUUUAGCAGUAAAUCUAUCCAUUGGAUGUAUUGACCACAAAACCCAAAGUUGCUUUCCAUCCAUAUAAAAAGGCAUAAAAACAUAAAUGAGCACUCAUAAAUAAAUAGAAGCAUAAAAAAUUUCAGUUCAAUAAGCAAUUUUGAUAGAAUAUUUGUCAGUAGAAUCAGCAAUAAUUAAAAUAAGCUAAUCUAUUAAAUUUAUUCUAGGCUCUCUAAAUCUAUGAGAGCUAUUAUCUUCGCUAGUAUCUAAAUUUUUUCUCUUUCUUUGUGCAGUUUUGAUCUUUGGGCUAUUUCUGUCUCACUUUUUGCAAAAAAAGUAGGCAAUAAUCAUCUCCUAGACGAGUGCUUAACACACAAAUAGCACAUGACCACAUGGGAUAAGAUAUUAGUGAAUACUUGCAUGAGCAGUCAGCAUAUGUAGUUUCACUUCAAAGCUUUUACCACCAAGUUCUUUUACUAUUAUAGAGCUCUCAGAUGAAUAAAUUCCCUUGGCAAUCUUUUAUAAUUUGAAGUGACUUGCCAAUCUUUUUCAAAAAAUAUGCAUCAAUUCCUUUAUGCCAGCUGCAAUUUGCAGAGCUAAAUAGCACAUUCAAAUUGUUUGAAAAUGUUAGCUUUAAAAGCUUCAUUCUCUCUUGCCAAAAUCCUUUCAAAGGUUACUCAUAUCUUAAUAUAUAGAAGUUUCCUAUGUUUGGCGCUGUAAGGCCGAUAAAUUCUGAUCGGAAUUUAUCGGUAGGUUGCACCAAAUCAAUGCCUUGGUCGGACCAAAAAGCGAUUUGGUCCGACGAACUUGGAAAGCUCCUGGGAAAAUGUCUGCGCUUUUAGCGCUAUAUAGAGGAAACCUCUAUACAUAACUGUAUGAUUUAAUUACUUACUUGAAGAAUGUUAAUUAGAAUAGCAUAAGAUACCAAACAGUAAAUUUUUUCAAGAUAAAUAGAAGUUUUUUUAUUAAUUCUAAUCACUAUAAUUAAAUUAGCGUUAUCAGCAUAUUUAAAUAGUAUAUCUCCGCUUCUUUUAAUAUUUUUGGUAAUUCUUUUGAUUGAUGCAUUAAUACUUUCUAUUCGAUUUGUAGUUUUUAUUCCAGCAAUAAAGUAAUUUGAAACGUAGCAUUUAGCCCAAUGCCUUUUUUGUUUAUACAAAUCUUUGAUAAUCUUAGUGUUUUUUUAAAUUCAUUUUUACUAUAAGUGCUAUAAGUGUGAUAAAAAUCUACUUUUAAUUCACGUCAUUCAAGAUUCUCAUGGUCUAAAAUAUGCCUGCAAAUUUCUUAGAAUAUGCCAAAAACAAAAGACUAUAUUUGGAUAAUAAAAAGCUUUAUUCAGAGCAUUAUAUUGGGCCAACAUUCUAUCGACAAAAAUAGUUUUUGGGACGAGCGAAACCUCUUUUUGCAAAAGUGUUAAAUGCUCAUGCGUAGUCAUUUUAUGAUGAAAUGAAAAGAAACACUCCACUCAAUUUCAUUAUUCCUUGUUUUUGGAUAUUCUUAUCAUGGUUUUGUCAUCUUUAAGGAAUCAAUUUGCUAUUAUAUCUUUAAAUAAUUCUAUAUUAGCCGUAGUGAUCUCUGAUUGAUUUGUAAAUAUCGUGCUUGAAUAAUAAUGGGGUUCUGUGUUAGCUGAUUCUUCUUCUGUAUCAGUUUCAUCACUCUCUUCAACUUUGAUUUGCCUCUCUUGUUCCCGCCAAAGUUCAUAUGAAGAAAUGAAUUUAUUUGCUAGCUGGUCGCUAAUUGAAAGAAUGUGAGCUAUUAGGCUUGUAUAUUCUGGAUUUCCAACAGCUGUAUCUAUUAGCUCGAUUGUUAAAGCUUUUCUUUGAAUGCUUGUGAUCAAGAUAGAGCAUUCAGUUGCCGCUAAGCUUAUUAAAUCUUCAUUUUAUUAAAUUAAAUUUUUUAUCAUUAAAUAGCACUGACUUGAGGUGCGACACUGGUUAUGUCUAUACAGAUUAUAUCGAUAAGGUAAUGUCGAUACAGGCUAUGUCGAUACAGGUUAUGUCGAUACAGGUUAAUGUCGAUACAGGCUAUGCCUAUACAGGCUAUGCCUAUACAAGUUAUGUCUAUACAGGCUAUGUCGAUACAGGCUAUGUCGAUACAGGUUAUGUCGAUACAAAUUGUGUCAAUACAAGUUAUGUCGAUGCAAGUUAUGUCGAUACAGGUUAUGUCGAUACAGGCUAUGUCGAUACAGGCUAUGUAGAUGCAGGUUAUGUCAGUGCAGGCCAUGCUGAUAAGGAUAAGGGGAUAAGGAUAAUUUAAUAUAGGGAACGUUUUUGUUUAGGGUGUGUCGCAGAUAUGAUGAUGCUGCACUUACCGACUCAAGAUACUCUUAUAGUGUAGAAUCAGUAUAAGAUGGUCUAAGAAGUAGCGAUCCGGAAUGGGUCUAUUAAAGCUGUGCCUCUUCCAGAUGCAUAAUUCAAAAUGCAUGAUACAAAUGCGAAUAAAAAUACGAAAAUUUAUAUAGAUACUUAUGUUUAUAUGCCUUUUUAUAUGGAUGGAAAGCAACUUUGGGUUUUGUGGUCAAUACAUCCAAUGGAUAGAUUUACUGCUAAAAGUCACCAUUUGGUUAGAAAGACUCCUCAUAAAGCUCUGAUUUGGUUGUAAAAACCGUGUACAAAAAAAUAAAAAAUUGGAAAAUCACUUUUUUUUGUUGCCAAUCUAUCCAAAAAAGUGCAUGUAAAAUUUUCUGAUAUUUUUAUGUUAAAUUUGGAUAGAAAAAAUUUAUUUUUUUAGCAGUACUUCUUCUAUCCCUGAUGGUUGGAUGUUCGAGGCCAUGGAUUCGAACUUCUGCCAAUGGUGGUUGGAAUCACGCCCUACCCUGCAACAACUUGGCUUGUGGAUGAGAUAAUAGUGACUGUGACUGCGCUUUUGGCUGUCACUCUUAUAUGAGAAGUAAUGGAGUUUGUGACUCUGCAUGUAAUGAAGUAAACUGUAAUUAUGAUUUUGGGGAGUGUGGAGACUGUGCAUCAGGUUGCUGAAAUGAGAUGAUUAACAAUAAAGUUUGUGAUAAAGAGUGCAAUAUUUCUGAUUGUAACUAUGACGGGAGCGACUGUAGCUGUUUUCAUACUUGUAGCACUGAUGGGUAUGGACUGUGCAAUCCAGGCUGCAUGAAAUCGGAUUGUUUAUAUGAUACAGUCAGCCCCUCUCAGCAAUGCAAUGACAAUGAUCUAAUUUUAUUCUCAUUACACUAUGGACUUAUUAUUAAAGAUUUAAAUGCCGACAUAUCUCUCUUAAACUGCACCGAUUCCAGCAACUGUCUUGCUGAAGAAGCUUUGGAUAAAGAUGCCUGCCAUACUAACUGCAAUAAUCAGAACUGCAUUUAUUCGUGAAGCAAAUGCUCACAAGUCAGCUGCUACGAUUCGAACUGUUUAUCGUGCUUUUCAUCUGAUGCUGGAAGCUGUUUUCAAUGCAACUCUACAAAGCUCCAAUUUUAUGGGUACUGCCUUGAUGCUUGUCCUGCUGGGUAUUAUUCUAUUGAUCUUUUAGACAAUUAUCCUGUUUGCUUAAUUGAGAAGGAUAGUUCUAAUUUUUAUAAUCAAACUGCUUACUAUGUGACUUCGCAAGGCAACAGUGACACAAAUGGUGGUAAAGGAACGCUUGAAAGUCCCUUUUCUUCGCUCUCAAUUGCGCUUGCUACAAUAAACACAAAAUACUCAAUUAUAUACCUAUUAAACGGCGGAGUACACUGAUUGGCCUGUGUUGAUCCUUCAUACCCUAUAUCGACCUUACUAUCUGAUUUAUGUAAUCCUUUACUGAGAAAUUUCCAGCUCAAAAGUCUCUCAAUUAAAUCAUAUAACGGCUCUCCAGUUUUCUUGCAAACAAAGCCUGAUUACAGCAUAUUAAUGUUCACACUUACAAAUGACGCUGUUUUCUCUAUAGAAAAUGUAGUUCUCAGCGGAAAAACCUUGCUUUCUUCUUGCACUGAUGACGUUUACUGUUCAUACUGCCCCAAUAUAACCCAAUCUUCAGAUGGGAAUUUUUAUACAGACCAAGGAGCUCUAGCUACUUCAUAUUUGCCUAAGUCAUUUUGUGGUAGCUUCCAUUCAAAAAAUCUAUUUUACCUCAAUCAAGGUUCCACAUUGAACUUAAAAUUCGUAAAUUUCACUGAUUGGAGAAUGGAAUUUAAUUCUCUUAUAACAAGCAAUGGUGGAGAUAUCAAUUUUCUCAGUGUAAAUUUUGACAAUAUAAACGUUGCACCUUCUUUUCAAUGAUCCCAAGUAAAUGCGUCGGUGGUCUAUUUUCUUGACUGCGGAGACAGUUAUUAUAACUGUGGAAGUUUUACCUGGAAAAAUGGGUCUGUUGUUAGGCUAAAUAACGGUUUUGAAUUCUCCUCAAGUGCUCAGUUUUCUGGGUUCCUAAGUGCAGACAAAAUAAAAACUGCAAGCUUAACAAGAGUCAAUUUUAAAAAUAAUAUUGUGCUUUCCUGAGGCUAUAAUUGGCAGAUAAGCGGCUCCCUGAUCAAAUUAUCGGCAUAUAGAUACUUUGAGGCCAUAUCUUGCAGUUUUAUCCAAAAUUCGGCUGCAAACGCCCUAAUUACUUUGCAGCCAACAAAGCUUACAUUUAGGCCAGAUAUAAACGAUCAAAAUGAGCUGAUUGAUUUGCUGUUUUACCAUAUCUGGAUAUAUGACACCGUUUUUAUUUCAAACUGUGGCGUGAAUGCAGGGAUUUUGAAUAUCGCUUUUGAAUCACAGCUUCAAAGGAUUUUACUAGAAAAUAUAGUCGCCACUACUAAUGGAAUACAAAAUGGGCCACUAAUUUAUAUAAAUAACUCGAUUUUCAAUUACCUAUAUGUUAACAACACAGUUGAAAAUAUUGCUUUGGCUGACGGAAGCAUAAUUCAGGCCAAAAUGAAGAAAAGGGAUUUUAUUUUCAGAAACUCUAUCAUAAACUCCACAUUUUCUGGCACAACAGGAAUCUAUAGCAUAAACAAGCUGGCAAAUGUAUAUUUUUACAAUAUAACUGCAAAUUGUAAUGGUAGAAGCAGCACCCCUCAAGAUGUCAAUACCAUUUUCUGAAAUAAUUACGCUGCUGACCCUACAAUAUACUCAAAAUCUCCAAUUUGAGGUCUGCCAAUUUUAAACUGCAACUCAUUGUCGUCAGCCUCAUCUUGCUAUAAUUACAGGAUAUCAGGCAGCCGCUUUAAAAGCAACUCCUGUUUGUACUCGAGCCCAUCAAUGAUUUACAUUAAUACUCAAAACGUUAAUAUAACAGAAUGCAUUUUUGAGAGAAAUUCAGGAAACUCGUCACUAGGGAUAUGCAUCGAGUUCACUGGGACUAAUAAAAUGAGGGUAUCGAAUUCCGAAUUUUAUUAUAAUAUUAAUCUCAAUUCGCAAGGAUACGGGGUUAUUAGUGCUACGGGGAGUGCUCAGAAUUUGACGAUUACUGACACAGUCAUAGCAAGAAAUUCUGCUAAUUAUGGCUCAGCUAUCUAUUUUGAAGGCUGGACUUUGUCAAUUUCCAAUGUCAGUUUUCAGUCAAAUACAGCUUAUUCAGGACUUGGGACUGUCCAUUAUGCGGCUUAUUCAGGGGUGAAUAGCUCAAUGAUAAGAAUCAAGAAUUCGAAAUUUGAAAAAAAUAAAAGUUUGACUUUAAAAGGAGGGGCGGUCUACAUAUCCAGCCAGUCUCAAAAGCAGUCAACAACUGGAUUGUCGAUCUUAAAUACUUUAUUCAACAACAACUCUGCACCAAUAGGCUCUGCUGUAUAUAUAGAAAAUAAUGUAGCGCUUACUUAUAUUUCUACAAUUCAAUUUUCUAAUUUUACAAAUAAUGCUGCUUCAGUAAAGGGAACAAUUGCAAUUUAUUUUCAAUUUGGUGUUUUAAAUAUUUCUGACUGCUUAUUUGCCUCUAAUUUUGCAAAGAUGGGGUCUGCUGUAUACUCAGUCCAUGGCAGCGAAACUAAUGCUUUGCUUUCGCGGGUCAUUUUGUUUGCAAGCUAUUUUGAAAAUAACCAAGGUCUGGGAGUCAUUGUGGGGGACGACAUUACGAUUUUUUCUUAUUUUGAGACUGCUUCUUGUAUUUUAACCCAAAACUCAGGUCCUGCGGUAUAUAUGCUAUUUGAGUACUGAAAAGAUUAUAACUCAACAAUUAGGGAUUCUUAUUUAUACCCAGGAGGGGCUGCAUAUAUAAAUACAAAUUCAACAGCUGAAUGCUCUAUGACCAAGUUCUAUAAUAAUACAAGCAUAUAGCCUGAGCCUCCUUUGUCUAGGGCUAUGCCGACAUCUUCCGAUGCCAGCCGGGAGUUGGAAAGCAACAUUUAUUGGUAGAACUAACUUCCCAGCAAGCGGAUUUCGCAUUAACCAACAAAUGGUUAUAUACAUCUCUCUAGUUAACUUUGGAAGAGGUCGGCAUAUCCAGAGCCAAAGGAGGCUCAGCUAUAAAUGGAGGAGUUCUCAAAGCUGAAGGCGAGUCUUUUUUUAUUUGUGAUAACUGCAUUUUUGAUGGGAAUACUGCCCAGAACUCUGGUGGGGUGCUCUUUAUGGACCAAUCUGCAGAGUUUUCGAUAUCAAACUCCAUUUUUUCAAAUAAUGCUUGUGGAGACAAAGGCUCAUCCAUUUACGAAAUAGGGGCAACUGAAAGGGCGAGCAAAAUCACAAAUUCAGUUUUUUAUAAUAAUUAUGCAGGGGAUGAGAGCCUUAUUUCCCUUCUCGAGUCCACCAUUGAAAUAAUAAAUUGUGACUUUUAUAGCAACUUAGCAGGCCAAACAACACCUGGGCUUUACUUUGCGCUUUCCCAAGGCUAUAUUUCCAAUUCAAAAUUCCAUGACCACAAAAGCCUAUCAGGGAGCUUUAUCUAUGUGACUGCCGAAAGCAAUUUGACAGUUGAAAACUCAAGUUUUGAAGAUUCUCAAAGUACAAUCUCAGGUGGCGCUAUAUUUUGUAUUGCAAGCUCUCUUUAUAUAAAGAACUGCACCUUCACAAACUUGACUUCAUCUGCAGGAAAUGCAAUAAUGGCAUCUUCAUCUACAAAACUGUAUAUCUCGAAAAGCAAAUUUUGAGAUGUGCAUAGCUAUUUUUCUGGAGCUGCUAUUGAUGCGCUUGGGUGUGAGAUUUAUAUUGACCACUCUGCAUUUGAUAACUGUUCCUAUACAGCUAUAUUGGGGGAUAAUAUGGAUGCUCUCGUGGUUACAGAGACUUCGUUUACUAAUGGAAUGGGAAUAUUUGGUGGAGCCAUUGGGUAUACAAGAAGCCGAUACUUGUUGAUAAGCAGCUGCACUUUUGACAAUAAUUUUUCAAUGGGCGGAGGAGGAGCACUAUUUUUACUUUUAGCUGAUUAUGCAACAAAUAUUAUUACAAACUCGAAAUUUAUCAACAAUUUAGCAAACAAUGGUGGAGCAAUUCUUAUGAAUAGCUUAAAUGCAGAUAUUACUGACUCUCUCUUUAUAGGGAACUAUGCAGCCACGAGUUCUGAAUACCCUAUCAGCACCCCAACAACAGGACUAGGAGGUGCACUGUAUUUCGAGUGUCCUUCAAUCCCGCUUUGUAACUGCAGUGUUUCUUCAAGUAACUUUACUCAAAACAUAGCCACCUAUGGAGGUGGAGCAAUAAGCUGAAGUGACGAGAUGCCUCGAUUCUCAAAUAACUCGUUUUCCGGUAACCAAGCAUUUUAUGCUGAUAAUAUUGGUUCAUAUGCAGUCAAAUUGGUUGCUUUGAAUUCAGACCUUUCAGUUCAAGAGUCUAUAAAGUAUGAGAAUUUUACAAUUAUAACGUCACUUGAAGGCAUUGCGCCUGGACAAGCAAUAGAGAAGCCUUUGAUAAUGGCGCUAAUUGACCACUCCGGAGAAUUUGUAGCUCUUGAUAAUUUUAGCCAAGCUGAAUUAGUAGCUGAUGAUCUUGAAAGCGUCACAAUUUCAGGCGACACAAAAAACACGGCCAAAGAAGGGAUUUACAAUUUUACGCUUUUCAUUAUUUCUGGCGUUCCUGGGUCUAAUUUUCUUAUACAGGUCCACACAACAGGAAUUGAUACUACUAGAGAGCUGUGAGCCAAUGAUGGGCUGACCUAUGAAACUGUCCAGCAUAUAAAUGUUACUUUAAGACAAUGCAUUAUAGGGGAAGCUACUGUUGGAAACACCUGUUUUAGCUGCCCAAAAGGGUACUAUAGCUUAAGCCCAGAUAAUAAAGAGUGCUUGUUAUGCCCAGACCAAGCUAUAUGCUAUGGUAAUUAUACUAUGAUCCCCAAGCCUGGGUACUGAAGAUCCAGUAUGUUUUCUGACAAUUUUUGGUCCUGCCCAAACCCAGAUGCAUGCAUUGGCUCAGACCCUUACAAUAUUUCUUACACAGGCAACUGUCUUGAAGGAUAUAAAGGAAACCUAUGCCAAAGCUGCGAUCGAGGCUAUUCAAGACAAAGCAAGAACGAGUGUAUUAAAUGUCCUCCUUUAGGUGCAAAUGUAGGAAUAACAAUAGCACUUAUGUUUUCUUUUCUUCUCCUUUGUUUAUUUAUUAUUAAGGUGUCAAGGCGGUCAGUCUACAAGCCAGGAUCGCUGCUCUCAGUCUAUAUCAAGAUCUUUGUCAAUUAUAUUCAGCUUAUCAUUAUGACCACUACAUUCAAUUUUGCGUGACCUGACUAUGUGAAAAGACUGUUUUCAGUCCAAAAUAAUGCAACCUUUGUGAGCGACCAAAUUUUUUCUUUUGACUGUUUUUUGAGUAAUGGGAAAGAUUUGUUAGGAGGGACUGAUAUUUAUUAUCAGAAACUGCUGAUAUUAGCAAUUUUGCCUAUAUGCAUUCCUAUUUGUGCUUUGGUGCUUUGGCUUAUAAUUUGUUGAAUAAAAAAAGAUUUUCGCUAUUUUUUUAGUAAUGCUAUUUCAACCACAAUUAUCAUUUUAUUUCUGGUGCAUCCGCCGCUUAUUCGAUUCUAUUUCAGCUCUUAUGAAUGCAAUGAAAUUAAUGCAGGAGAGUUUUGACUUGCGGAUGAUAUGGAAAUUAGGUGCUGGGAUAAGAAGCAUGUGUUUCAUAUUACUUUUGUGUCUCUCCCUUCGAUUCUUUUGUGAGGAAUAGGCAUCCCAACAUUUUGCCUGAUAAAAAUUUGAAAAAACCGUCAGAGACUGCAAAGCCUUGAGGUUAAGCUGGUAUAUGGCUUUCUGCUUAAUGGCUACAAGACUAGAAGCUACUAUUGAGAAUUCGUAAUUAUUUAUCGAAAAAUUAUCAUUAUCUGCUGCUCUGUUUUUUUAUCUACUAUUUCUGUCCAUAUUCAGGCCUUGACUACUAUUUUUUUCCUUUUGUUCUGCCUAUAUCUUCAAUUUGUUAUUAAGCCAUAUAACGGAGAAUCUCUAAACAGACUAGAAAUGACCUCAAUUGCUGUCUCUGCCUUAACAAUGUACUGUGGGAUGUAUUAUUUGACAGGCUCGCUAGACUCCUCUACACAAUUUUUAUUUUUUAUUAUUAUAGUUGCAGCAAAUUCUUAUUUUAUUAUAUUUUGGUGUAUCAAGGCAGGAGAUGUGUGGUUGAGAUGUAUUUUUGAAAAAAUCAAAGAAAUUAGGAGGAGGCUUGCCAAUCGAGUUGGGAUAAAUUUUGAUGAGUCAAAACUGCGCUCUCCUAUGGGAAAUGAAACUGGGUUGCCUCAAUACUCAAUAGUCUCCAACUCUAUGCUUAAACCAUAUUUAAAUCCUCAGAACUUUGACUUCAGCAAACUUAAUAUGACAAAUCUAUUUGUGGCGUCACUAAAAGAGAGAGUGCAAUUUUCACCUUUAGAGGACGAAACGCCAAGAAAUAGUAACCAGAAAUAUAACUCUGAGCCAGUAAUGCCAAGAAUUUCACUGUCAGAUUGCGAAAUAACUUUUGAGAAAACAGAAGAAAAUGGGAUUGAAAGCCUUUAA